AUGGCGUGGGCGGCAGCCGUCCGCCACUGGUCUGGAUUGCUCUGGGCCCUGAGCGGCGCCGUCGGCUGGAUGAUCACCAAGGCGUUGUGGUGUGUGGUGGGGCGGAUCGUCGGCGCUGUAUUGGAAUUUGCGAUCAAGUGGACCGGGCUGUGUAAGACUUGCAUCCGGCGCUACCGGAUCUUCGCCGACUACGUGAGGAUUGCGGAAAGGACUCCGGCAGUGCGUCGCUGGAAGCUGUACGAGGCGUUGUUCCAGACGCCGAUGGUGGUGCUAGAGGACGAGGCGGAAAGCGAGGACGGGUUGGGACGUCUUGCCCACCGCUGGCUGGAGGCCUAUCACGCCUUGUGGUGCGUGUUCCUACCCGACGUGAUCGCGUUGAGCUGCAAGUCUACAGUGAAGUAUUGUAUUGGUUCCAGCGCGGAGUGUCACCGAGCAAUGGACCGUGCGUGCUGUGUUUUCCGCGCUUUCGCGUCACUAAUGGGAUUGUUUGCCUACGCCGGCCUGUACACGGCCGUCUACGUGUACGCGUUUGUGGAAUGGAUUCUCUAUGGAAGCUGCGGCGUCGGGGCGCUACUACAGCUGGGGAAAUACGUACUGGCGGAGGGGCAUUUGGGUGUCGACGGCGGAUUCGUCUGGAACGACGAUGUGGUGCUUGCCAGUGGUUUGACCGUCUUGCUAGCCGUUACUAGUCGCCUACUGCGGUGGGGAGAGGCCUCCAAGGGCCGACGCACGCCUAAGCAAGUCGCUGAGGACAGAUACGCCCGGUGGACGAAGGACCUUGAGGAGCAGGAGCAGGCCGAGCGCCUCAGCGAAGCGUUCUGGAAGGGCGACGGCUGUGUGGGUCCCAAGCCAAAGGUGCGUCGGCUGAGCGAAGUGCGGGUGCGCCGAGAUGCUCACCGUGCCCGGAAAGCUGAUCAAGGCCCUACGGGUGCUCGACGAGGGCGUCAAGCUUCAGUCGGGGAGGGUGUCACGAGUGGUUCUGGCGGCCACCGUCUUGGGCACGGUGAGUUCCGUUACCCUCCUCCGCACUUUUCGACGGCCGACCAGAUUCGUGUGGGCCACGCUUUCGAUAAGGCCAUGCAGGGCCACGACGGAGUCGCUGAGAAGUUGUGGGUCGGCCUCGGUCUCCGUGGGACAAGCGCGCCUAGAGCGUACGGUCCCCGUGGAUGA